AUGCCAGCUCAUUCUCGCCGAAACAGGGACGUCCUCGACCUCGCCUACGGCAUGGGCUUCUACUCCCGCCACUUCGCCAAAGCAGGCGCACGCAAAGUCCUCGGCAUCGACAUCUUCAAUGCGAUGGUCGCGAGCGUCGCGCCGCCAGGCCCUUGA